AUGUCUCAGCUCAAGAAGCGUUCCGUGGCAGUCAGCUUUAUCUUCCAAUUCCCCAAAGACGACACCACAAACACCAGACCAAAAGUCGCUCUUUUCAAGCGAAGCGACAAAGUCCGCACCUACCAACACAAAUAUGCACCGGUAUCCGGCUCCAUUGAGUCCUUCGAUGUAAACCCUCUCACAACAGCGUGGCGAGAAAUUCAAGAAGAAACGACCCUCACUCCAUGCUCACUCACACUCUUCCGCCAAGGAAAACCGUAUUCCUUUGUCGACGAAUCCAUCCAGCGCGAAUGGACCAUCAACCCCUUUGGAUUCAUUCUUACCUGUGAUCCUUCCAAGAUUACAAUUGAUUGGGAGCACGACGAUUACGCAUGGUUUGAUCCAGCGGACGUCGCCGACGAUCAAAAAGUCGACGGCGUCCCCAAGUUGCUAGAGAGCCUGCGAAGGGUGUGGCUUGAAUUCGACCUCGGCGCCGCGGCACCAGUCUUGGACGCCAGCCUGACGAGGUUGAAGGGCGAUCAUGAGAGCGGCGCGCGACAGCUAGCGGGAAUUGCACUGGGCGCCUUCGCCGACGUGUUGAAGAAGUCGGACAUCUCCGACAAGGAGGUCUGGUGGGCGAACGCACGACGGGCGGGCUGGCACCUGUGGAAAAACGGGAGGGAGAGCAUGGGGGCGCCGAUUCUGAGCGUCGUGCUGGCCGGCCUGGAUGUGGUUCGCGAAAAGACCAGCGAGGGCCUGUCGGCAGACGUGGUCGACGAUAUCGUUGCUUCCUUGGACGAGCUUGCCAGGCAGAGGGAGGCGUCGGCGAGCAGGAUCGCAAACGCCUUCGCCGCGUUUCUGCAGCAGCGCCCUGCUGAUGGGCCCAUUCGCAUCCUCACGCUGUCGUCCAGUUCGACGAUAGCGAGCUGCCUCACGCAUGCGCUCGCCAGCAUUGGCCACAGACUCGAUCUCCGCAUCUUGGAGUCCCGCCCGCUCUGCGAAGGUGCCAAACUCGCUUACAAGCUUUCCUCCUUUGCUGCUGAGCACAAUUUCUCAUCGCGUGUCGAUAUCACGGUCAUGACGGAUGCCGCGGCGGGCAUAGCCUCCCAGGACGUGGAUCUACUCCUCCUCGGAGCGGACCUGAUUGAUAGACACGGCAAUGUGAGCAAUAAGACGGGUUCGUUGCCGGCUGUUCUAGCGGCGAGGCACGUUUCGAACAAUGUAAAGGUUGUGGUUGUGAGCGAGAAGGAAAAGGUGCUGCCGUUUGAAGCGCCAGGGCAUGAGGACAAUGAUGCUGGUGAGGUGACUCGGGGUUGGGAUAGUGUGGGAGUGGUGAGAGGGCAACGGCCAGGAGGAGAUGUGAAGGUGAGAAAUGUGUAUUUUGAGUGGGUUAAUAAUGGGCUGGUGGAUGUAUAUGUUACGGACGAAGGGAUUUCGGGGACGGAGGAUGUCAUGAGGUGGGCGGCAGAUAUUGAACGGAGGGCAAAGGACGUCUUUGACGGGUUGUGA